UUAUAAUAAAAAAGAUUUAGGAUAAAAAAAAAUAACAUCAUGGAAAACACGGAGAUAGAAAUUAUAGAGAAAGAACAGGAGAUCAAGAAUGAUAUCUUGAACACAACUAGCCACGACCCAAGCAGCUAUGGAUACAGGAUUGAUUAUGAAGGCAUAGUCUUGAUAAAAUUAAGAUAUGUUGGAAAUAGCAUAUGUAAAACUAGUUACUCUAAGUUUAUCAAGUUAAAGGCUUAUAAUAUUGAAGAGGAGGCCUUUGAUUUUGAAAUCCCUAAAGAUCACUUUCAUAAAAGAAGACAUAAAAAACAGAACGCCUUUUACCAACUCUCAAACCUCUCAGAAUUAAGGAUCAGGCAUUAUUUUUACAAAGCUAAUUUUGGAUUCAGCGACCUUGGCCCUGGUGCAUUAAAGAUGCUCUCCAAGAUCACCAAACAACUGACUUUCAGCUCCAUCAAGUUCUCUUCCAAGAGUCUAAGUCUACUCUUCACCAGCAUUGUCAGUCUCAAGAACCUGAACCUGGAACAGUGCACCCUCGACUUGUCUCAUCUCAGACUGCCGAUCAAGCGCGAGAUUGGUCUGGAGGCGAUGACCAUUUGGGAGUGCUUCUUCACUCAGGACGAGCCCAAGAUGAGCAUGGAGGAUCUGGAGAUCUUGCUGAAGUUUUUGGCCAAUCAUCAAUUUGGAAAGCUCAGACUUCUUACUCUUCAGAACCACCACUUCGGAUUCUUUGAUCUCAAAAAAUCGAUGAUCAAAUGUCUUGGAAUCACUAGCAAACUGAAAGUGGAUAUUCCAAAACCCAAGAAGUUUGGGCAUAAUGCUUUUGGAUGUGUAGUGUUUUAAGUGACCAAUAAAAAUUGCUUGCUCAAUUAUUAAUUCGU